CUAAAACAGCCUUCUUCAUAGCCAAUGAGGCGGCUCUCUGCUCUUCCCGAAAACAUGUCGCCCAUGAGAUUGUGUGUCCCAGGUGAGAAACUGUGCAGUGUAGAAGACUGUAAUCAAGGCACUGGAGUGUAUCAGCGACAUGGCUACAUCUACUCCUCCCUUGCUGGCUACGUAAUGAGGAAGAACGAGGGAGAGGAGCUACCGGUGAUCUCAGUGGUGAGGGAAACUGAAGCACUGCUGCUGCCAGAUGUUGGAGCCAUCGUCACCUGCAAGGUGACUGGCAUCAACUCCAGGUUUGCGAAGGUCCACAUCCUCUACGUGGGGUCCACGCCGCUGAAAGACCGCUUCAGAGGGACCAUCAGAAAGGAAGACGUGAGAGAGUCGGAGAAAGACAAGGUGGACAUAUACAAAAGCUUCAGACCUGGUGACAUUGUCCUGGCAAAAGUGAUUUCGCUCGGGGACGUUCAGUCUACCUACCUGUUGACAACAGCUGAGAACGAACUGGGCGUGGUGGUGGCUCACAGCGAAGCAGGUGCCCAGAUGAUUCCCAUCAGCUGGCGUGAGAUGCAGUGCCCGCAGACCAACAUUAAGGAGUUUCGUAAAGUGGCCCGAGUUCAGCCUGAGUAUCUGGAGGCCUGAGAGACGCUGAAAGUCUGUUACACCACCAACAAACGACUCCUUUUGUCAAGUGGCCUCCCAACUCUUUUUCUCUGGGUGACAUGUGGUACCUGGGCUACUUCUCAUAUCGGCUCAUUAAGUGUCUUUGUUAACGGCUUUACUUCAGCACGCUUUUCAUUGUGCUGGAUUGAACCCAGAGAGCCCCGACUAAUGAAAUUGGGUUUUAUUCCAAAUAAAUGGAGUUUAUCUUUACCAAAGGUCCACGGGCCAGCAACAGGCAUGUUCAAAAUCAUCCUGAUUUACUUUAUAGAAUUGCGUCAGGUCAGGAUUUUACAGUUGAGGUUGCUAAGAUUUUAUAGAAUCAAAAAAAGUUUCAUUUUUGCACCAAGAGAGGAGACGUUUCUGUUCCAAACGCUGGACCCAGGGUUGUAUCGAUAAGUAUUAUGGCAGCGUCAGCCAGAACUGUCUUUGCCACUGUUUUGCUGGGAGAUGAAACUGUGCUAUUGAUAAAAAUCCAAAUUUCAGAGCCACUUCUGCAGAGGCCAGGUUUAGACUCUUAUAAUUAAAUGAAUUAUCAGCCCCAUCUAUUUUAACUCUGGGUGGAUCUAUAGUUUGGAUUUCUGGCCCUUGUGAGUUUGGCACAUCUUAUUUGAACUGUCAUAGAAAGAAAGUAUAAUAAUCUAAGGCUAAUCAUUGCUGGACAUCUAGCAAAGUUUGCUGCCCGACAAGUUUUUACUAGGAAAAUUCCAAACCAACAACGUACCGGGGCUUUCCAAAGCAAUCGCACUGCUUUGAACAGUUUCACAUUUUCACUUAACAAUCACAAUAUGUGAAGCUUUUAAUUAGGAAUUUAUGUGCUAGACCGAAACAAAGUGGUGCAUUAAAGUGAAAUGGAAAGAAAAUGAUACGUGGCUUUCAAAGAAUGCUUACAAAAUAAAACAUCUGAAAUGUGUGGUGUACAUUUGGAUUCAGCGCCCUUUACUUUGAUACGACCUCCACCUAAAAGUACAGAGCAACAAGUUGCCUUCAAAAUGGAGGUCAUCUGUGUGUGAUUUUAAUGUCAGUGUGAAUCCAGAUGUCCUGUGAAGGCUUCGGACGUUCAUUAGUCAUGAAGACCAAGGAACACAGCAGACAGUCGAGGAAUAACGUUGUGGAGAAGUUAAUAGAAAAGAGUUGGUGGUGGUGGCAGCGUCAUGCUAUGGCGGUGCUUUUCUUCAGUAGAUGAAUGGAGGGCAGAAUGGAGGGCAAAAUGGAUUUGAAAAGGUUUAAAGUUGAUGUUCAGAGACUUUCAGUAAAAUCAAAGAUUUAGCUUUUUUUUUUUAAUUUAAAUUUUUUUUUGCAAAGAAGGGCAGAUAGGUGCAGCUCAGAACGGCUUUCCUCCAUGAUUGCAGAAAAACGUGGCUUUAAAAAGUAUUACUGUAAGGGAAGGGAAAUUCAAAAACGCGCCGCACCUUUCAGAUGUUUUAUUUGAAAACAUUUUGAAACCCAUGCAUCAUUUUUAUUUCACUUUAAGAUUAAGCACUCCUUUGUGUUGGUUUAUCAUAUAAAAUCCACUGAAGCUUGUGGUUUGCGAUGAGAGAAGAUGUGAAAGUUCACUGUACCUGAAGCCAUUUUUUUGCAUCACUUUCUUUAAAUCAGCGGUCUCAAACCGCAUUCCUCGAGGGCCGGCGUCCUGCAACUUUUAAACAUGUCCCUUGUCCUACUCGCUUGAACUAAAUGGCUCAAUCGCCUCGCUAACAUGCAGUGAAGCGCUACAGAUUAGCUGAUGAUCUAAUACUGGAGUCAGGUGUGCUGACGCAGAGAGACGUCUACAAGUUGCAGGACACGGGCCAUUGAGGACCGGAGUUUGAGGCCGCUGCUUCAUGUGGGGAGGUUCAGGUUUUGUUUGGGGUCAAAUGGAGUAAUUCUCUGUUAAGAACGGCGCCAUUAAAAAUAACAUUUCUGCCGUCUGAAAUAAGGCAGGCUUCAAAUGUGAGUGCUGUGUUCUGAAUUUCUACGCUGCGUCAUUUGGUUGGUGGUAACACAGAACGUGUUGACAUGGACUGGGGUCCGUGUUCCAACCAUACGCUGGUGGUCUCAACAUGGGACAGUAAUAGAAAAACAAAGACAAGGUCAAUUUAAAGGGCGCCUCUUUCACCUCAGUGAGGUUCUGCCGAGUGCCUUCUCUUUUACACAUGCUCUCAUUUUAUACUGCUUUCAUAUGCGUAUAUAUGAGAUGUAAAUAAACAUGUCAAAGGGGAAUCAGGUGGACAGUCCUGCUCAAGGACACUUCGGCACUCUGUUCCCCCACCUUCUAAUUGGAAGAUGAUUACCCUGCUGUGGGUAAAUGGAUGCGAUGUGUUCGUUUAAAGCAGCAACACGCUCACUUGAAGCUUUCUGCUUGAGGGUAGAAAGUUUUUUUCUGAAUGGGCCUCUUCUGAGUAUUUAGGCAUGUCUUUUCUGAACUUAGACUGCUGCCUAUUGUUCAAAUACUCCAUUAAACCCCAUCAAAAAUGACCGAAACACCUCAUUAACUUCUAUUAAUUUACAAAAUUAAAUGGAAGCAAAUUAGUCUUAAAACCUUGAAGUGGUUGGAACUUGGAUAUUUAUAACACAGGUAGGCUUUUUGCAUAAAGACAUGAAUUAGCAGUAAGCAUCUUUCCUGCAGAUUAUUGUUCUGUGGCUGGUCUGUCAAUAAGAAUUUGCAGACAGAUGAUCCAUGUUUUAUGGCCUCUAUUUUUUGUAUCCUCGCAAGACUUUCUGUAUUUUUAAAGUGCAACUGGAAAGCCCAAAGCAAAGUGACUUUUAACAAGGCUGCUAUGCUUGGAACACAAUGAAACGCAAUGUACGAUUCCAGCACAAUAUUCCAGCUGAAUGUCUGUGAGCCAUCGGUAACAAACCUGAUUUUCUGCUUUUCUUAAAAUGAACUUUUUCUUUUAUACUGUCGCCGACUGCCAAUGUGCAGGAAUGAAAUUAAAUGACUAUCGGAGCA